AUGAGGCGGGGGUUGCUGCUCCUGGCGCUCCUCGCGGGGGUCGGGGGCUCGAAGCUCGACAACGUCGCCAGAAAUAACGCGUUCAUAGGAUACACCGAGACCAAGGGGAAGCCGUGCGUCGUCGAGGACAGAGAUGCGAGGUGUCCGCGGUGGGCGUCCAGCGACGAGUGCGCCCGAAAUCCGAGCUUCAUGAUGUCCACUUGCGCAAAGAGCUGCGGGGCGCCGUGCGAGCCGGAGGCGGACGAUCGACUCGCGAAGCACGCGAACGUGGGCGCGGUGGUGUUUCACACCGCGCAGGGCGACAUACGAGUCCGGCUCAGGGAAGACCUGUCGCCCGUCGUCGCCGGGAUGUUCAAGGCGUUCGCGUCCAAGCCCGGCGCGUCCGGCAGCUUCUACCGAAGCGAAGCCAUCCCGGAACCAGGCGCCGUCGACAAUUUCGGAGGACCCGGUCCGCCCUACGCCCUGGUCCAGGGGAGACUCGACGGCAACCACAGGAGCGACCUGCCGAGGGAGGGCGCCCCGAAGGUUCGGCGAGGGCACGCUUGCCUCAUCGGGGGAGGGCCAGACUUUUUCAUCGCGGUCGGACCACAUCCCGAAUGGGGCAACGGGCACACCGUCUGGGGCGAGGUGGAUCUUCACGAGAUGGGAGCAGUGGACGCCAUCACCGCGCUGGACGUCAAGAAGGAGACGUGGGGCGAGACGCACGUCACCGUGCUCGUGCACCCGCUCCGCUUCGAGCUAUCGUUCGAGCCCCCCGGUUGGCCCGGCACCUUGGCCAACCUUCGCGGCGCGGGCAGCGCGAUGUUGAGCGACGUCGAUCGAUGA